CCACCAGCCUCCGGCCGGCCCCGUUCCUCAUCCUCCACUCCACCGUCCUCCGCUUCGCCACUGGCUUCUAGGCUUCCCCUUCCCCGCCUUCGUCCCCUCCCGCCCGGGAAUCCUCCGGCCUCCCUCCCCACCCAGAUUCCCUCCACCACCGCCAAAGCCGCCGCCGCACGAGACGACACGACCUCCUCCCACUAAAACCCACACGCCCACGCUCCACUCCACUCGCUUCCACCGCCCGCGCACAAUCCAAAACGCAACCGCCCCGUCCACCUUCGCCGCCUCCGCCAUGCCGCCGCUCGCCGCGCGCGUCCACGCCCCGAUUCUCCUCGCCCCCGUCGCACCUCACCCCGCCACGCGCCUCUGCGCAUCAAGCGGGCCCCGCGGCGGCGUCGGCGGGUUCAGGAGGGGCGCGCUGGCCUCGGAGAAGCCGCAGGCGGUGGCGGUCGCGGAGAAAGCCGGCGGCGAGGUUGGUGGAGGAGAGGGCGAGGGCCCGUACGACGCGAUUGUGAUCGGGUCCGGGAUCGGAGGCCUGGUGGCGGCCACGCAGCUCGCGGCCAAGGGCGCGCGGGUGCUGGUCCUCGAGAAGUACCUCAUCCCCGGGGGAAGCUCCGGGUACUACCGCCGCGACGGGUUCACCUUCGACGUCGGCUCCUCCGUCAUGUUCGGCUUCUCUGACAAGGGUAACUUGAAUUUGAUCACACAAGCAUUGGAAGCAGUUGGGCGUAAGAUGGAAGUUCUACCUGACCCUUCUACAGUCCAUUUCCACCUACCUGGUGAUCUCUCUGUCCUUGUGCAUAGAAAGUAUGAAGACUUCAUCAACGAACUGAUCAGCAAAUUCCCUCACGAGAAAGAAGGGAUCCUUAAAUUCUACGAUACGUGCUGGAAGAUCUUCAAUUCACUAAAUUCGUUGGAGCUGAAGUCUCUAGAGGAACCUCUUUAUCUUUUUGGGCAAUUUUUUCAGAAGCCUCUGGAAUGCUUAACUCUAGCUUAUUAUUUGCCACAGAAUGCUGGGGAUAUUGCUCGCAAGUUCAUUAAAGAUCAGGAGCUACUCUCCUUCAUAGAUGCCGAGUGUUUUAUUGUGAGCACAGUCAAUGCCUUACAAACACCCAUGAUAAAUGCAAGCAUGGUCUUGUGCGAUAGGCACUUUGGGGGGAUUAAUUAUCCAGUUGGUGGUGUUGGUGGUAUUGCAAUAUCCCUGGCAGAUGGCCUUGUUGAAAAGGGCAGUGAAAUCCGUUACAAGGCGAAUGUAACCAAUGUUAUUCUUGAAAAUGGAAAGGCUGUUGGGGUGAGGUUAUCAAAUGGGAAGGAGUUCUUUGCUAAAACGGUUAUAUCAAAUGCCACUAGAUGGGACACGUUUGGAAAACUCUUGAAAGAAAAAGAACUUCCAGAAGAGGAGAAAAACUUUCAAAAGAAUUACGUUAAAGCACCAUCAUUCCUUUCAAUUCAUAUGGGUGUCAAAGCGUCAGUUCUGCCUGCUGGCACUGACUGCCACCAUUUUGUACUUGAGGAUAAUUGGAAUAAUUUGGAAAAGUCUUAUGGAAGCAUAUUUUUAAGUAUCCCUACAGUUCUUGAUCCAUCAUUAGCUCCUGAAGGACAUCAUAUACUUCAUGUAUUUACUACCGCAGGCAUAGAAGACUGGGAGGGUCUUUCUAGGAAGGAGUAUGAAGAGAAAAAAGAGGAGGUAGCCAAUGAGAUUAUAAGAAGGCUUGAAAAGAAGUUGUUUCCUGGUCUUCAAGAUUCAAUAGUCCUCAAAGAGGUAGGCUCACCAAAAACUCACCGAAGAUUUCUUGCUCGAAAUGAUGGUACAUAUGGACCAAUGCCACGGGGUAAACCGAAGGGCUUACUGGCUAUGCCUUUCAAUACUACUUCAAUAGACGGCCUUUACUGUGUUGGUGAUAGCUGUUUUCCCGGGCAAGGUGUCAUAGCUGUAGCAUUCUCAGGGAUCAUGUGUGCUCACCGAGUUGCUGCAGAUAUUGGACUAGAGCAAAAAUCUCCGGUUCUAGAUGCUGGUCUUCUUGGGCUACUCAGGUGGUUCAGAACACUUGCAUAGAAUGAUAUCAGACAAAGUUGAGAAUGGAGUUCAUCUUCUCUUCAGAAGGUUGAUGUUUCACUAAGUUAGGAUACUGCACAAGCUGAUGAUGAUCUUGAGGACUGGAGCUGCAGCCUUUGUUAUCUAUACCAUAUCAGCAGCAAUUUCCCAAAAAUCCCAAAAGAAAAAAAAAAAGAAAUAGGAAUAGGUGUACAAGUUUCAGAUUUCAAAAUGACAAAUUCUAUAAUUAGGAGGUGUCAUGGCCAAACGAACAAGGCGAGCUGUACAUUUGGGAGCAAUUGUAAAUCAUGUUACCUAGGACUUUGAAAGUUCUGUUUUGGGACACCCUUCAACUUUCUGAAUAUACAAAAGCAUCAAAUGUGGUUUUGCCAGACA